AGAGAGAGGAAGAGGAAGAAGAGGAGGAAGAGGAAGAUGGCUCAAUUCAAUGACAUUGACUUGUCUCUCUCUUCUUUCCCCUAAAAAUUGGGUUUUGACCCAUUAAUGGUAACAACAACAAAGAGGACCCUUGUCAUUAGAGUUUCUUGUCCUUUUGUCAGACUUGAAAGCUUUUUUCUUUAUUAAAAAUGGAGCUUUAGCUGCUUAAUUAAGAGUCAAGACAACAUCAUUCAACAAAAUUACUCCAAAUCAGUAAUUGGGUGUGGCCUCAGCCUGCGUCCCAGCUACUUUGAUAGAUAGGAGACUGCUUCUCUGUGCGUAUGUGCGCGCGCGUGAGAGGGAAACCUGGGCGAGACACGCAGCGAACGGGGUUCCCUUUCUCUCACGUUUUUUCCUUUUAGUCGCUCUGCUUGAUAUUUGUCGUCAGAGCUUCGGUUGCCUGUGACUUGUGACUUGUGAGCGGUUCCUGAGGUCAAAACCAGAGCGUAUUUGGUUCAAUUCCCUCUGUCAGAUCAGAUUCUUGGAGGGUCGAAGGUUUCGAGCCCAAACAGCCCCUUGAUCCAUUCUAAUUGAGCCCUUUUUAGCCUUGAUUUCGAUGAAGGGUAUGGCUGGAAAUUGAAUAUAUGGUUCUGUGCUUCCGAAAUGGACGAAUCAGUUGAACAGUCUUCAAGUGCUCAAAGGGGAAUCCGAAUUCAAGCUCCACUGGUUGAUUCUGUGUCAUGCUAUUGUAAAGUGGAUUCAGGCUUGAAAACAGUUGUUGGAGCUAGAAAAUUCGUCCCUGGCUCAAAAAUAUGUAUCCAGCCUGAUAUUAAUCCAAAUGCACACAGAAGUAAAGCUUCACGGAGAGAAAGGACCCGAGUCCAGCCUCCACUCCUUCCAGGCCUUCCAGAUGAUCUUGCCAUCGCUUGUCUGAUUCGAGUCCCUCAAGUGGAACACAGGAAACUCCGUCUUGUUUGCAAGAGAUGGUACCGACUUCUGAUGGGAAACUUCUAUUAUUCUCUAAGGAAAAGUCUUGGCAUGGCAGAAGAGUGGGUCUAUGUCAUCAAAAGAGACCGUGAUCGAAGGAUCUCGUGGCACGCAUUUGAUCCCACCUACCAGCUUUGGCAAUCACUUCCACCUGUUCCCGUCGAAUACUCUGAGGCCCUUGGUUUUGGCUGUGCUGUCCUUAGUGGUUGUCAUCUAUACUUAUUUGGAGGGAAGGAUCCGAUAAAGGGAUCGAUGAGGCGGGUGAUUUUCUACAGUGCCCGUACGAACAAAUGGCAUAGGGCGCCUGAUAUGCUUCGGAAGCGUCAUUGUUUCGGUUCUUGUGUUAUAAAUAACUGCCUCUACGUUGCUGGCGGUGAAUGUGAGGGGAUCCAGAGAACCCUUCGUUCUGCUGAAGUUUAUGAUCCAAAUAAGAACAGAUGGAGCUUUAUUUCAGAUAUGAGCUCAGCUAUGGUGCCAUUCAUUGGUGUAGUUCAUGACGGGUUGUGGUUCCUUAAAGGACUUGGAUCUCGCAGAGAGGUCAUGAGUGAAGCCUAUUCUCCCGAAACUAAUACCUGGACGCCAGUUAGUGAUGGGAUGGUUGCUGGCUGGCGUAACCCGAGUAUUUCUUUGAACGGACAGCUCUAUGCCUUGGAUUGCCGAGAUGGAUGCAAGCUCAGGGUUUAUGACAGAGCAACAGAUUCAUGGAACAAAUUCAUCGAUAGCAAACUCCAUCUUGGAAGCUCUCGUGCUCUGGAGGCAGCUGCACUGGUUUCGCUUAACGGGAAGCUCUGCAUUAUCCGCAACAACAUGAGUAUCAGUCUUGUUGAUGUUUCAAGUCCAGAUAAACAGGUCGAGAGCAAUCCUCACCUUUGGGAAAAUAUUGCUGGGAAAGGUCAUUUGAGGACUCUAGUUACAAAUCUAUUGUCCAGCAUAGCUGGCCGAAGCGGGUUGAAGWGUCAUAUCGUGCAUUGUCAGGUGCUUCAGGCAUGAGGAGCCGAAGGCGGAUCGAUAUUUUUCAAUGGUAUGGUGAAACAGGAAUGGCAGAGAAAAAUAAAUAUUUUCGGGGAGCUGAUGAAGAACAGGGAUUUGGUUCAAUCAGUUCUGACCGCUUAGUUACAGGAGGAGGGCUUAGUACUAGAAUUUGCUUUUGGAGUGGAAAUCUGAGAUAAUUUCAUUACAUUUUUGAACAGAAAGCAAAUACUUGUAAGUAAAUCUUAUCAAUCAAUCUCAGACUAGUUUGUUUAUUUUGUGGGGGAUCUCAUGCUCAGUUCUAAAUGUAAUCUUGGAGAUGCCUUGUGAAUACAAACAUUUCAUUAGAAUAUAAACAACACGAGAUUUACGGCUGAUUGCGAUU